UCCUUCCCCCCCCCCCCCAAUUCGAGCUCCUUCUCGAUCAACUCAACUUGCGAUUUUGACCUGCGAUUGCCGCAACAGGACUCAGGUAUGGCUUCCUUCCUCGUCGCCGUGUUUCCUGUUGUUUAUACCCCCCGUUUCCUUUGCCCUCGUCCUCUUCGUUUCUCCUCUACAAUUCUCUCGUCCCAUCUCGUUCCUAUACCAAUUCUCUAUAUCUGCUUUACGGCGCUUUUUGCUGUGCUCCAAGCAAUUUCGGCUUAUACCGUUGCUGUGCUCUCAAUUCCCCCAAUUCUCGAUCCUGUUUCGUUGGUCUUUUGCUAUUUUGGUUUCUUGUUGCCACUUCUUGUUUUGCUGUGUUUCUGUGCUUUUCGACGGACUACAGCACCUUUGUGUUCUGUCUGCUGCUUCGUGGAGUUCGGCUUUAGCUGCUACUCUUAUUUAUCUCUGAGCCCUGUAAAACAAGGAGAGAAAAAAAACAUAAAAAACAUAAAACACUACAAAAAAUUUUUGUCGAGCUUACCAGUUGUACAUUGGUUUUUUGGUUUUGUUACUGCCUUUUUUUGGAGUACUC